UUGCAGGCAAAAACCAUACCUUCCAUACUCAGAUAAUUGCAGUUCCCCAAAUAUGGGCUUCUCAAGCAAACUCGAUAGAUCAUGCUCCUACUCCCUAGAAGCAUACCCUCAAACAGUAUCCGCCUGGGGAAAUAUAUUCUCAUACUCUUUCCAAGACAAGAAAGAAAAUGACUUGGCGUGUCAAGUUGAGACUGCCAACAACUGUUCAAAUCCCAACCCUACUUAAGCAAGCAAUACGAACGUGAAGGAAGACAAAUGAAAGCAGAGAAACGAAAGGAACCCGUUAUGUCAUUCUAUCAAUACCACCUGUGAUAAAUCAUAGACACAUGUCCUUUCAGUAGAUUAAGAAAUCUCACAUCUAUCAUUUGGUAUGUGGGGAUACCUUUGGUUUUCUGGUGGCUCGUGAAACGAGGUCGAGGUCGAGGUCCUUCCCUUUUCGUUUUGAGGUUCUACUUUCAACCACACCCUUCCUCUCUAUCUCUCUGCAUCUCUCUGAGGAAAUGGGCAGUGCUAAAAUUGGCUUCAGUUGUCACAGAAACAGACAACUAAUCAUUUCCUUGCUAUUUAUCUUGGUUUCAAGCUCGACCCUUGUGAGAUUCACGGCUGAAGGUAGGGUAACUACCAAGCUGCUGGAGGCGGCUACAGAGAAGGGUGUAGAAGAGGAGAAAAUAGCGGUGAGAGCUCGGACAAUAGGGUCAAGGCCACCAAGAUGCGACAAAAGGUGCAACUCUUGUGAGCACUGUGAAGCAGUUCAAGUACCAAUAACAACACAGGCCCAUAGCCGUAAGAGAAGUCGAUUCUCUGCUGCAAUUUCCAACAUCGCGUACUCUAGAGGUGAUGGCAUCUCCAAUUACAAGCCAAUGAGUUGGAAAUGCAAGUGUGGGAACUUAAUUUUCAAUCCAUGAUUGAAAGAGAUGGGAUAUGUUUUGGUGAAGAAGAUCGCUUUUGUCAAAUGUGGAUAUCCGACUUCAACCCCCGUCUAUCUCGUCUAACUUCUGCCAGUUGACUCCCCCUUCAUAUGUAGAGUGCUAAAAAAAUCUUUCUUCUUUUGCUACUCUUGUAAUUACCCUUCUCAUCCUACAAAUCCUUCUUAUUCUGCAAGUGUUAUCCUUUAAAUUGUUGAUCUUACAAGGCAUUUCUUUCAUUGUCAAGAACAUAGUAUUGACUAUCCAAUUUUCCUUAUCCGUCUCUCACUUCUCAAUGAUCAGUUGGUUUUUGUUUUUUUAA